AUGGCUGCUGUUGUAUCCUUUGCUGCGGAUCGUUCGUUCGAAAAGACUGCAGAACAGUGGACGCAGUGUAGCGACAUUGCCGACGAUCACACCGAUAGCGUUCUCUGCAAAACCCCAGAUAACCACAUUGGCGACGGCGACGGCGAAGAGAAAGUCUUCUUGAUUGGUGAGGUUGACCGUGUACUUGAGCCGAAUACAGGCGGAAAGAGAGGCCCUGCUGAGUUUUAG